AUGCUGAUCCUGAGGUGCCCAGCCCAGCUGCAGCUCCUGGAGGAGACCCUGCGGAAGAGCCUGCCCACCACCCUGCCGGUGACAGCCACCCCGAGGAUCCCUCUGUCCCCCCUGCCCUGUCCUGCUGGUGACAAUGACCUUAUUGUGCAGGUCUUGGGGACUGUGAUGACGGUGGCCAGGGGGAACCCGGCCUCCCACGAGGUGCUGGUGGACUCCUGGCCCCAUUUCAGCAUUGUCCUGACCCGCCUGCGCCCAGAGGACCAUAGGGACCCCAGGGACUACUACUCCAACCAGCUGUCUGUGUUCUACCGGGACAAGGGAGCCCUGCAGGCUCUGCUGGAGGGCACUGAGGCGGUGACCCAGGAAAGAGCCUUCCAGAUUCUGGGGAUGCAGGAUGGGCUGGACGAGGCCGUGCAGGAGGUGGCCAGUGCCAGGGGGCUGAAGGUGGAGAUGAUCCGGUACCGGGCACUGAUGAGCCCUGAGCCCCCCCAGCCCCGCAGGCAGAUGCCCCCGGGCCUGCGCCUGGCGCCCGUGUCCCCGUCCCACGUCCCGCUGCUCAACGCCACGUGGGCCCAGGGGGGCAAUGCCCGCAGCCGGGCGUUCCUGCUGGGGCUGGUGAGGACGCUGCCCUCCGCCUGCCUGCUGGGCCCGCGCGGCCGCCCGGUGUCCUGGAGCCUGCUGGACGGGCAGGGCUGCCUGCGCCACGGCUACACGGUGCCCACCUGGCGCGGGCGCGGCCUCAGCGGGCUCCCGCUGGCCCUGCUGGGCCGGGAGCUGCACGCCCGCGGCUUCCCCAUCUACUGCUCCGUGCUGCCCCAAAACACGGCCUCGCUGCACGCCCUGCAAGCCGUCGGCUUCGUGCCCCAGCCCGGAACCUUCUACAUGAUCCUGGGCACCCCAAAGUAG